AGGGACUAUGGGAAAUCUAUUGACGGCCAUCUUGAACGCUCAUGAUCGAAGGAGUGAAUAAUUGUCUACUUUCAUUCCUUUUUUUCUUAUUUUGAGAUGAUCAAAGCAAUUCUUGUAUUCAACAACCAUGGAAAACCACGGAUGACCAAAUUCUUUACUCAUUACUCUGAGGACAUGCAGCAUCAGAUCAUUAGAGAGACAUUUCACAUAGUCUCUAGGAGAGAUGAUAAUGUUUGCAAUUUCUUAGAAGGAGGAACGUUGAUUGGUGGUUCUGACUUCAAGAUUAUUUACCGACAUUAUGCUACUCUUUACUUUGUUUUCUGUGUGGACUCCUCUGAGAGUGAGUUAGGAAUUCUUGAUCUUAUUCAGGUAUUUGUGGAAACUUUAGACAAGUGUUUUGAAAAUGUUUGUGAGCUGGAUCUCAUAUUUCAUAUGGACAAGGUUCACUAUAUUUUACAAGAAAUUGUGAUGGGAGGCAUGGUGUUAGAAACCAACAUGUCUGAAAUAUUGACUCACAUUGAAGCACAGAAUAAACUAGAAAAAUCAGAAGCCGGAAUAAGUGCCGCACCUCAGAGGGCCAUGUCUGCUGUCAGAAAUAUUAGUCCUAACUUACACAAUCUUCCAAAACCUAAUCUAAAUUUACCAUCUAUGCCGUCACUUCCACACAUUAACUUGCCAUCCUUUAAGUAGAGUUAGAGAUGUCCUAUUUUUCUAGUCAAUAAUGUGAAUAUUAAUAAGCAUAACAAAGUGGUUUCACCAGCAAAAUAAUUUUAAUGUUCGUGUACAGGUUAUUCUAAAUUUAAUUAAUUCUUGCUGUUGGAAUUUAGGUUUAAAAUUGUUUUAUUAAGUUAAACAUGGCAUGUCAUCUUAUUAUGCAAUGGUUGCACCACAUUGUAAGAAAGUACAGUAUAGCAGAUUUCAUUUGCAUGUAGGGAUCUUGGGGUGCUUUCAAUUUAAUCAAAAAUUCCAUAAGUUUUGGAACAGGGGCAAAUGUUAUGGAUAUUAAAGUUUACAAAUUUCUGAGAGGCGUACCAUUCGGCCGAAAAUUCCAGAUAAAUUCAGUAUGAAAAUAAAAUUCUUGGUAAGAAAGAUGUAGAUGUAACUCACAAGGCUGUCAUCUUUUCUAGAAAAUUUUGGAAAAUGAGUAAUAAUUACUCAAAUUGCAUGAAACAAGAAAAUGCUAUUUUACCGAAAAUUGACUUGGAGUCACUUAGGGCUUUUUUGCACGCACCCCUUCAAUUGCAAACCAGAUUUUUUGGUCAAAUGGAAAGUGCCCUUGGAUUAAAUUCCAACACAAUAGCACUGCAGGAUAAAUAAUUAUUGCUUUAAGAGAUGAAGCAUGCAUACCUUUUUAUUCUAUGAAGCAUUUAUUUACCACUGGAAGUGUUCUCCUCUGUUGUUCUUUGUACUAUUGGUGUUAUUGUUUUUCAGUAUAGCAGGAGAUCAUUUGCUUAUGGUACCUUUACAAAAAUGGGAAAAUUGAGAAGAAAAAAGGGUUUUGGUGUCAAUAAAAAUGUUGAUUGAUGUUCAUGUAA